AUGCCGGCCAUACAAAUCGAAACCACGGCUGCGGCACUCGUCGCAGCCGCCAACCACGUCCUGGCCGAGCGCGACGACGACGAUAACUUCAAGGUCAUCCCCUCGACGUACGGCGGCCUCUACAACUCCCUCAACCCCGGGGUAGUCGCAGGCAUCGUCCUGGGCUCCGUGGCGGGCUUCCUCCUCCUCCUCUUCAUCUGCUACUCGGCCCUCGGCUUCGGGCCCCCCAUCUUCUCCAAGUCGCAGGGCUCCAUGGUCGAGGUGCGAGUCCGCCGCACGUCGCGCGCCUCGCACUCGUCCCGCCGCACCAGCCGCCACACCCGCUCGCCCAAGAGCCGCCCCGGUCCGAGCAUAGUCAGCGCCGACUCGUACGAGGUGCGGACCUACGAGCGGGUACCCUUCCUUCCAGCUGUUAAGCCCGGUGCUUUCUCUAUCGAGUAUACCAACAAGGAUAUAAUCAUGUUUCUGCGCAGAGCAAUUAGAUGA